UGCUCAGUGUAGCAGGGAAUGGGUUCAGUGUAUAGUACAGUGUCAGACAGACAUGGGCUCUCAACGUUAGCUGGGGUGUGUUCGUUUACCUUGGACCGGACAGUGUAGACGUAGAGUUCGUUUGUAACGUCGCAGUAUCUUAAAAAAAUCCGACCAGAAUGAUGCGCUUCAUGCUGCUGUUCAGCCGGCAGGGGAAGCUGCGGCUGCAGAAGUGGUACACAGCCACAGCGGAGCGCGACAAGAAGAAGAUGGUCAGAGAGCUGAUGCAGAUAGUUCUUGCCCGCAAACCAAAGAUGUGCAGCUUCCUAGAAUGGAGGGACCUCAAGAUUGUCUAUAAAAGGUAUGCCAGCCUAUAUUUCUGUUGUGCAAUUGAAGAGCAGGACAAUGAGCUGAUCACACUGGAAGUCAUCCACCGCUUCGUAGAGCUGCUGGAUAAGUACUUUGGCAGUGUGUGUGAGCUGGACAUCAUCUUUAACUUUGAGAAGGCCUACUUCAUUCUAGAUGAGUUCCUGAUGGGAGGAGAGAUUCAGGACACGUCUAAGAAGAGCGUUCUCAAAGCCAUUGAACAAGCAGACCUGCUGCAGGAGGAGGACGAGUCACCCAGGAGUGUGUUGGAAGAGAUGGGCUUGGCGUAGUACACAGUAGUGCUAUGAGAGACUAUAGAUACCAAGGCAGAGGGCUGGACGUGAGGGGGGCGGGACAGAAUCUGGGACUGACUGUGCUCAGACUGACAGCGUUGGUUCUGUGUGUCUGUGGCUCUGGGGAUGUACAGUGUUUAACUGGGGGAAAGACAUUCAGUUAAAAAUGGAAGAUCCUUGCAUUGGCCCUUUAGCUUUGUGUGUGUGUGUGUGUGUGUGUGUGUGUGUGUGUGUGUGUGUGUGUGUGUGUGUGUGUGUGUGUGUGUGUGUGUGUGUGUGUGUGUGUGUGUGUGUGUGUGUGUGUGUGUGUGUGUGUGUGUGUGUGUUCUCUGAGCAUAGGGUAUAGGAAAUGGGAUACCUUUUAAACUUGCGUGUGUCUGCAGGGGGGUUGUGUGUUGAGAUUUUUAAAGGGGGGAGUCUUUGCUUAUCUUUGUUGUCUUUGCUUUGCUUAUCAGAGUGGAUACUGGCGUUAGAGUCAAAGUGAGUCAGCCUGGCAGUUUGACGCUAGAGUUGGUUGUGAAGGUUUGUCAGGUACUGAAUGUGGACAGAGACUUGGUCAGAUAUUUGGGUAUAUUUAAAAAAAAAUCCCUGAUAUUUUUCUGUAUUGUUUUUUGUAUUUUCAACAAUUCUCGUGAAAAGACAAAAACUAAUCAUGUGUUAGUCCAUCUCUCAAAGUUUGUGAUUUCCCUGUCUUCCUUCCCUCAUAAAUAUUUUGAAAUAGCUCACAAUUAUAUAGUUUAAUUUUUUUAAAAAGCCUCAGUUAUUUCCUAAAACAGCUGGACAUGAGAUUUGAUGACAAUCAGAAAAAUAUAGAAUACCACCAGACCUUUAAAGUCAAAUUCUGUGUUCUGUUUUUUCGUAGCAUUAGCCAUUAUUCCUGUUGGUUAUGUAUGUGAUUAUAACAAGGAAAAAUGAACACGCCUUCCUCCACUGAAGUGUGUUAUUAUCAAUAUCAGGACACACAUGAGGGCCAUUCUCACACAUUUCUAGUCAUGGCAGCAAAAACUGUAUUACUACUAACUAACUAAAAGCAGCUAUUUUUCACAGCAGUUCACAACAUUUUCUACCUAAAAUAUGGUCCACUUUCACCAAAAUCACUGACAUAGUUGGUGUGUGGCUACUGCCAUAAAGCAUUACAUGUCCCAGCCCAGAGCCAAUAGUUACAUAGUGUGAAACAUUUGUAGUGGGUAGUGGGUAGGGUCAUAACUACGGUAUAAGAAAACACGAUUUUGCUUUGUUUUUAGGCCUCCACUCUCUAGAUGUUCCACUUAAACUACAUCUACAUAAUGACUCUGUCAGUCUAUUAUUCCACUUAUUUGAAUUACAUUUGAUGAUUUAAGAACUGGAGUUGGAACUUGAAAUUCUUCUGCUGGGACUACAAACAGGUACUACAUGUUGAAACUGCCUUGGAAUUUCAAGGCAUUUAGAAUAAACUGAAUUUUAGACAAGUAUAUCUUACGGACCCAUACAUGUUUUAUCUAUUAUUUUUUGAUGUGUGGUUGUUACUGAUGGCAGUGAUCUAAUUUGAUGUAAAAUGCAACCUUAGGCUGCUAGAGUAUUGGAAGUCAGUAAAGGUAAAGAUAUAUAAUAUAAAUGGUCACUUUGGUUACAGUGUCAUUUCAUUUCUUAAACAGUAACUAACUGCAACUAGUUUUGAAUGUAUUCUUUAGGGCGCAGCAGUUUACCAGGGUCAUGGUGGGUCCAUACCUCAGGUUUGGUCAGGGUUUCGUUUGUUACCUAGUUUAAAAUAAAAGACUAAGAUCAACAUACAAUAUUAACAUGGUUUCCUUACUAUAUCCUGACAGUAGUACACAAGACAGAUAAUCUGUUCCUGGUUCCUCUUGCUCCUCCUAGUGUUCCCAAUGGUAUUUCCAGGAAUCCAUCGGGCCUGACCGAAAACAACCAAUCAGAGCCAAGAAAGUUAGAAAGGGGCUUUGGGCUUGUAGCUUUGAAGAUCUCAUUCCCAGCAUCAAUAUUUGAUCAACUAGCUUUCUUGGCUCUGAUUGGUUGUUUUGGUUCAGGCCAAGUGGAUUCUUGCAAAUACCAUUAGGAACACUAGGAGGCGCAAAAGGAACCUGAUCAUCUGUCCCAUGUACUACUAUGAGGAUAUAGGAAAAGUUUCUGCAAAUAUGACUAAAAGUUACCUCCUGCAGCUUUAAUGAAGUGGAAAGUUGUUUUCUGUCUCAACUUGCCUUCCCGAUCAGCUUGUAAUAAGACAAAUAAUUUAGUGUUAUUGAAUGGGCAAGUUUCUGGGAAACGUAUGUGUGGUCCUAAAAAUGCACAAACAUUGUAUCUUUAUACUCACACAUUGGGUUAGGGUUUUUUAAUUAAAGGUCCAGUGUGUAACAUCUUUUGGCCAAAAUGGAAAAUAAUAUUCAUAGGUAUGUUUUCAUUAGUGUAUAAUCACCUGAAAAUGUUUUUGUUACCUUAGAAUUAGAUGUUUUUAUCUAUUUGAGUGGGCCCUGUUCUAAGGAGGCCACCAUGUUGAAUCGCCAUGUUUCUACCACUCACUGACUCUAGAUACAUCCUAUAUGUUUGGAGGGUGAUUCGAGGGGGCUGCAUUGUGCAACUUCACCUCUAGAUGCCACUAAAUCCUACACACUGGUUCAUUAAACUGGACUUUCAAGCCUACCUAUUUUGCAAACCUAUUUUAUUUUUGUACUUCUUACUGGAAUUCCUGAUCCAGAGCUAAUAAGUUGACAAACUCAAACUAUUGUUUUGGUAUGAAUAAAGGUUACCUGGGAGAUUCAAGAAACAAUCACAACCCAACUUUACUCACACAUGUACUAGACUGAGCCGAUAAUACAAAGUAAAUAUGUAAACACCUCUGGUAUAGUGUAACAUUAUUGUGUAUACUGCUGUGUUCUUGCAUGACAUGUUUACGUCAUAAAAAGCUGUGGGCUGGGAUGAGUAUACUAUAAUUCAGGGUGUGUAAAAGCUCUUAAUUAAUUUCCACUGUCUUUAAAUUAGUAUGUCUGUAAUUAUAGUUUUCAUAAAAUAAUAGCCGAUUAUUUGUUAAGAUGUGAUCAUGCUGUAGGAUUUUCUAUGAACUGCCCAUAGACUGUUGAUUCAAACUAGGCUAUAUCUACAAAAUCUUUGACUUGACAUCACUAUUGACAGUGUGGGGUAUCAGGGCUUUCAUAAAAUUCUUCCAUCUAAAAUAGGACCGGGUGAUAUGGUAUCUUAGGUAGAAUGUAUGAAUUGCUCAUUUCACAUAGUUGAACAGAUAUUUUUGGAAAGUUGUUUCUUUUAAGCAAUCUCACAAUAUUACUUCCAGAUCUUGAUCUUGAUUCAGUCGCAGAUGGGGGUUUUGUUACAUUUUUCAAACCAUGGAAAAGCAUGUUUGUAUUGCCUCAUAUUUUAUGUAUGUUUUUCAUUAUAAUGGGAUAUCAUUUGUAUAAUGUCCUCUGAGGAGUUCUGGACAAACACUAAUUUCUAAUAGGAAAAUAAUUUUCUUUUUUUUUCUUCUCUCAUCACAUUCCUUUCUUACACAACCUUUCUAAUCUAUGAAAUACAUGGGUGUGGUUGUUGGACAUUGAUGGAUGGUAGUGGAUGUGGGCAAGGUAAAGAUUCAAAGUUGGACACUAUUGUCUACAGAAGAGGUGUAGUUUUAGCUAGACUGUUUUUCUUCAAUUCUGGGCCUUGCUGACAUGAGAUUAUGCUUAAAACUUUUACACUAUUUGAGCAGCUAGUUUUAUGGGUUCUUUCAAAAUGACCCUGGAAAAGGGCACGCACUAAAACAAAAUACCUGGAUUGAUAAGUAAAAGAGAAAAAAGGUGAGCCUGGUCGGAGUUAGGCAUCCAAGCAAAGACGGAUGAAGAGAGUAGAGUCUAGGUUGUGAAGAGAAAGAAAGACAACAGUGGAGCAAGAAGGGUCCAGGCAUUCUGUCACCCAGGCACUGUAGCUUGGCAUCCAAGAUGAGACAAUUGGGGUAAGGGUGGUGGUCAGACAGAGAUGGUUACACAUCUGCAAGGUGCAAUUCUGCCCAUGACCAGUGCUUGCAAUAUUUCCGGAUCUGACGUAAGGUCAGCUUUAGACCCUGAACAAAUCACAACAGAAUAUUUUGCAGAGAAACUAACAGACUAGCAUCUGAUCAGUCUUCUGUCUGCUUGACUAUUUUUUGCUUUAAAAUCUGUAAAAUGUUUGGCUCUGGCCACAUCGCCUUUGCUCCUGACAAACCAUUAGAGACAAUGUACCCAUCAGCCAAGUUCUUCCUCAGUUCUGUCAGAAAUGAAUGGAAUGUAACCUGCUGAUCACGACCAUGAUCACCUAACCCCAAGAAAAGGUAGAGGUCAUUGUCAGGAACAGGCUGCAGGACAUUCAGUCUGAAGCUGUCUAAAGAAGGGCCAAAUGGCACUGCAGGUCUGUUGUCUGUACACAGCAAUGACUAAUCCUUUGUUUUACCUUGCUGAACUCUGAAUGUUAGUUCGUGUUCUAAGAGUAAGGGCUCACUGUGUGAUCUGAUUGUUUUCUACAUUGUUAGAGAUAGAUUGUACUGUAUCAGCAUGUAUUGGAGCAAAUGAAAAAGAAUGGGGAAAGAGAAGCUGAGAAUAUGUUGAGGUAUGAUCUGCUGAAAGCUGCUGCAAAAAAAUGGCAUCAGAUUGCUGCUCAUGCAUGCGCUGUAUGUGGAACAGCGUUGGGGACAAAUUAUUUGAGUUCUGAGAUUACAUUCGAUAUAUUUUAUGUCUUAUCCUUCAGACUUCUAGCAAAAUUUAAAAUAUUUUGAUUCGAAUCUCAGAGGUUGAAUAUAUUUUGUUCCUGUGGCCCCAAAAGCCUAGUAUGCUUUCAACAAACUAGUUCUUACUAAGUGUUGUCCAACCAUUUCUAAAAGCAAACCGUUUUUUUUAGCUGGAAGGCAGGGUGAAAAGCUUGUUGUCAUUGCAAAAUUCCACUGGACAUGGCUUUAUGAUGUGGUGUCUGCAUUGUGGUUUGGCUGCCAUCCGCAAGUCUUCAGAUCCCACCAAGAGUGCUUAAGAAGUGGAGCGUCAUCAGAGCAUCUUGUCUGCCCAGCAGUCUUGACCUCUGACUGAUUGACUUCUGGCCUGGUUCCACAGGUUGUGAUGUUUUUUUUUUUUUUUUUUUUUUAAGUUGACCUCCUUGCUGCAUCCCCCAAUCCAAGAAGUUAGCUUCUAUUGCAUACUGCUAUUUGAAGUCAUGAUUCAAUAACUCUUUGAAGGCAUUUGUGGUGUUCUGCACACAUAAAAUGCAAAAGGUACAAACCCUGCCUUCUUUCAGUUACAAUAAUUGGAUAGAGACCACUGAUUUUGCUUUCAGAAAAAGGGAUCCAGAGGUUCCCACAAGCAACUUGUUUGAAGCAUACUGAGGCCUUGAUCUUCUUCACAAUCCUCUGUACAUGCGAGCAUGCACCCACUUGAAGAUAUUUAGUGGACUCUUGCAGCCAAAGCUAUUUUGCUUCUGAAGGUUUUAACCCUCUGCUGCCACUUUUCUCCUUCAAAGGGAUAUUAUUUUAAUAGUGUGUUGAAUGAUAUUUUUCUUCUCCACUCGGGGAGAUUUUAUUUAAUACCUAGUUUGAACUUCAAUCAACUCAUCAUAUGCAAUGUCUUAUCAAUUAGGUGAAUGGCUUGUCCAUAAAUUAAUCCAUGUGAAAAGAGAAUUAAGUUUUUGAUUUUAAAUAUUUUGUUGUAAGUCAUUUGGUUCCUUCAAAGAGAAGAGAGGAUGAGACCAUGCAUGGUUGAAAGAGCUGCAAAGGGGCUCUAGUGUCUGAAAGCAGAAGCUCCAUUAAUCUGUGUAAUGUUUUACAGCAAAGGCUAAAGGGCCUCAAUGUGUGAAUGUAAUUUUAUAAAGUAAUAAAGCAUUUUAAGCGGAA